AUGCAUGAUAACAAUGGUUUUGCUGAUAUUGCUGCGAUUGGAACUACCGAAGGUGUAUUGGACCUUGCUAGAAUUGGGGCUGCUGUUAAAUGUGAAAGUUUUCUUUUUAAUUUUCUUUUCUUGAGAUUAUUUGAAGAAGUUGAGGAAGAUGGUGAAGGUGUUGUUGAUGUUACAAUUGUAGAAGUUGUGAAGGCUGGGUCAGAAGGCGAUGAUGAUGGUGAAGUUGAUGGUGAAGUGAGUAUAGGGGUUGAUGAAUUAGAAACAGCUGCAUUACAAGUUUUGCAACAAAUUCUGUUUCCUGAGCAAUCAUAA